ACCGUGCAUGACAUUUCAUUUUCAGCCUUAUCCAUGUUCAGUGAUGUUAUCGGCAGUCGACAGUCAUGACAAUAAUUAUAAAUAAUCCCCUUCUGCAGGCUAGGCGUCAUUACAAAUUAUAACAAUUAACGUGGCUUGUGUGACUAGACCUCGGCAGUGUACACUUGCGGUAUGUCACUGUCCAGUGGCAGUGGCGUAAAUUUGUGUUGGGAGGGGGAUUGGGCGAGUUAUGGCAUGGACAUGAUGGGGUAGCCAAAAUAAUGGGAUAGUCCUCAUUCAAUAUUGCGCGGUCAUCGAAAUUUGAACGGUGGGGGGGGGGAGUUCUGACAUCAUUUGACACAAGGGGCACUGUUUUAGUGUUUAUGAUAUGGAUUUCUGGAUGUUCAUGUAUGUACCUCCAUUUAUCAAACGUGCCAAAACAGGGUUAUUUUCUGCUUUGUUAUUUUUGUCUGGGAUUUGGAGUAGAACUGUAACAGAGGAAUUGUUUGCAUUUUAGGCUGUAAGCGUAGUAACUCUGCAUUAUUUGUAAGUAAUUAAAUAUUGGAUUCUCGUAGAUGAUAAAGGUGAUGAUUAGCCAGAUGUAUAUUAUUCCAAAUGAUUAUACCGAUCUUGUUGAUAUCAGCCAUGUGGUCGUUGGACCCUGCUGUUAUCUACUGAAUAGACCUGGACUGUAGUUGUUAUGUUCAACUGCUGUGUUUCUUGCAUGCUUGUAUACAUGUAGAUGAGAAAUGGAAUUGAAACCUUGUUUCCCUCUCUAGUCAGCAUUGUUUGCCGUAGGAAACAACUGCAUAGCUCCAAGAACUGCCAGAGUGGGUCGUCAGUCACCAGUGGUGGUCGUGAAAAAAAAAUGUGAAACUGGCCGACUCUGACGGUGUUAAAAGCACUGUGUGGGGUACUCCAUAUUGUAAGAAAUGGGAAGAAGCUUGUAAAAUGUGACAUUGCCAGCAGGAACAUUCUGAUGUUGGGAGCUCCCGAACUUUGAGAAGAUCUUCGAGAGAUUUCAAGAUCUGGAAUCGGCAAAGGAGGGCAUCUCAUGUCCAGGACACAGUUUUGAAUACUGGAAGUGGGAGAUGUGUGCUGUGCUCUUUCUACAGCUGGAUCUGUAGUUCGUCAGGUGCACAACCUGGAAGUUGGAUGUGAAGCGGCAGGGGGAAACACGCAGACUGUGGUGUUCAGUGUGCCGCCGCGAUGUCUGGGAAUGAGCCCGCGCAGCAUGCCGAGCGUAAGUCGACUGGCCAGAUCGGCCUGACGGUUCCUAAACCUCUGAGGUCAUCCUCCACUGUUUCCUUGGGGAACCAAGCCUUUGGCAAGAUCCUCAUUAUUGGUGAGAAAUUGAGACUGACUUUUCACAACUGCCGUCCACCUAUGGUCAAAGACCGACGUUACCACCUCCGGAUGUACCCAAAAUGCUUUGUGGGUAGCGAAGCCGUUGAUCGGCUGAUCAAGCACGCAGGCGUCAAAGACAGAUCAACAGCAGCACUGAUGCUGAAUGUAUUGCAGCGCCAUAACGUAAUCCACCAUGUGUGUGACGACCACCAGUUUAAGGACACAUACCUGUUCUACCGAUUCCGAGUGGAUGAUGGUACGCUUCCCCUGAGCAGGGAGACGGAGCUGUACAUUAAGGGUCAUCAACUGUAUCAUGAACAGACACUUCUUGGCAACAGUUCGGUACUGAAACUGCAUAACGAGUCAGGCGUCAUGUACGACAAGAGUUUUCACGGUGCCCAGCUGGUGAACUGGUUGGUGAAGAGCAACAAGUGCUCCACCAGACAAGAAGCCAUCGGCUUGGGCAAGGACCUCCUGGAGCUCAGACUCAUCCAACAUGUAACCAACGAGCAUCACUUCAAAGAUGAAAGACUCCUGUAUGUCUUUCAUCCUGAUCUCAGUCAGCUGAAGGUCAUUGACCUCUUGGACAUUCACGAGCGACCCCGAAGCCUCUCGCUGGACUCCAGUAUGUUUUCUCAGAAGCAGAAGCUGGCCUCACCUUGCCAGCCCAUCCCACCUGUCCCACCGAAAUCCCCCCAGAUGCCAGAUGCCACUGCUGCCGACAGCCGUCCGAAAUUCCAGAUCGGUUCCCCGGAGCAGGAAGAGAGCCAGAACCUCAUGUCAGAAUCUGAUAACGAGGAUCUGUCCGGCUCAAGGUUUCAGGACUCGCAUGGGUCAGGCGCGGUCAGGUUUAGCCAGAGUCCAACCGCAGAAGAGCUGAAGAACCCAGAUGAGUCUUGCAGGAGACAGACCCUUCAGAUUCUGGGUGAUUCCGUCGGCUUUGGAUUUGUCAUCCGUGGCGACGGCCCUUCCUAUGUGCAGACCGUCGACCCCAGCGGACCUGCAGCAAAGGCUGGCCUCAAGAUUGGACAGUUUCUUUAUUUUGUCAACGGCGAGUACGUCCUGAAUAAGGAUCACGUAGAAGUGGCUCACAUCAUCCUGCGCAACCCCCAGCAACUGACCAUGGAUGUUCUGGUCCCCAGACACCAAGCAAGCCAACACUGAAGUAAUAGUGGGCAGAAGCAAACCCCAGUCCCCUCCUCCAUGGUUUUAGACAUGCCGAUCAAACAACUCGCAGUAUCAUCUCUGGAUGAUGUUAUUGCUUACAUUUGACUAGCUCUUGCAACAGUACUGGGACGAAGGAACCACAAGAGGCCUAAUUGGUGAGGAUCAUCAGCCACUUUGCGUGUGCAGAAAGAACUUGCACGUCAAGAGGUGAUAUGUCCAGUUGGCUAGUUCCUGGCUUGUUUUCAUAGGGGGCCGAACAUUGAUUUUUCCUGUUUAUUCCCACCAUGUUGAAUUGCCGAGUAAAAAUGUCCGCUUUCCAACAUUGUGAAAUGUGGGUAAGAUAUUUCUUGCUAUGUUGAGGAAAAUGUAAGAUUUUUAAGACACUCUUACAGUUUAUCUGGGUACUCUUUUUUUCAGGUUUUUCUUUUCAUCAUUCAAAAUGGAUUGCUGCAAAGGUGCCUUUUACAAAAGCUCCCUCCCCCCGAAUUAGAUAGAGUACCACGCAGGCACUUUUUUUUUCUAACGUAGGAAGGUAUUUUUUCUUGUUGGGUAAACAAGGACCAGAAGUAUUCAUGUAAACAUUGAUUCUGUUGACCAAUCCGGGCAUUGCUCAUUGUUCAGGAUAAGCCAGUGAUGGUGUACGUUUGUUGCUUGCAGGUGCAUGCAUGUACAUGUAGUAGGACCACCGUGUAAAGAGGGAUUUCACAUUAGCGCCGUCUGCGCGUAUCCGCAU